GUAUUUUUGCUGUCUUUAGGAAACAUGAGUUCUGAUGCAUUGUCUGAAGAAGAGCGUUUACUUAUUGAAGCUAAACGAAGGAAAGCUCUUGAGUCCCGUAACCGAAAUACUGUGGGUGGACUUGUUAGUUCAAUGCCUAUAGUUCAUAAACAGAAUGUGGUCGCUAAACAGCCCUUAUCUUGUCAAGGUGGUUAUGGUAGUACACAAGCUGCAAAAGUAGGUGAAAAUUUUGUACGUAUGGCUAAGAAUUGGGUGAAUACUAGUAAUCCAACAACUGUAAAUACAACUAAAAAUCUAGUCAGUCAACAAACUUCACAAGUCAAACAGAAAUUCAAUGCGAAUUCUUUUUCUUCGAAAACUACUCAGUCUACUCAUCAUGAUGCUUCCAAGUCAAAGACCAGCUUAGUUAAUGUACUAUGCACAUUGUGUUCGCCCAGCAGAUUUGAAGUACAUGCUAGAUAUCACGCUGGGCUGACACAGCUAUUCAAAUCUAUGAAUUCUAAACAGUAUGAUUCGCAGACAAGAAGAUGGUCAUUUGACUUAUCAGAAUAUAAUGAAUUCGUGAAAAAAGUCCGUGAAAAUAAUGAAUUACACUUGGAAGAGCUUCCUUAUGCUGUUCUUAAAAUUUUUCGAAGUCGAAUUUCAAUGAAACUUGGAGCAAAUGAUGUGAAAGACAAUGAAAACAAUGAAGAAAUUGAUCAUUCCAUAUUGAAAGAUAGAAUACCGGAUGAUUUGUUGACAACAUUAUUUCCAUUUCAAAAAGAUGGUGUCUGUUUAGCUUUGAAACGAUCCGGUCGUAUUCUCUUAGCAGAUGAUAUGGGUCUAGGCAAAACAAUUCAGUCGUUAGCUAUUGCCUCAGCUUAUUAUUCUGAAUGGCCAUUAUUAAUUAUUGCACCAUCAUCUGUAAGAUUUUCAUGGAGAGAUCAAAUUAUUCGUUGGCUUGGCAAACCAUUGAAUAUAAAUGUAUCUCAUAUAACAGUAGUGAACAGUGGUAAAGAUAUUACUGAUGAUUGGCAAUUUUUUAAUUCAUCACCAAUUACUAUCAUUAGUUAUGAUUUAAUGAGUCGUUAUGGUAAAGAAUUACUGAAACGACAAUAUGGUGUUGUGAUUGCGGUGAGUUUCGAUAUUUGUUUUAAAUGA